CCAGAAAUCUCGCAGAGCAAGGAUAAAAAUCCAAAAAAUAAAAGCGAUCACUUUUCCGAAUAAUUCCAGAAAUUCUAGGCAAAGGACAUCAUGGCUGAUACAGAUGACAAUCAACAGCAGCCAGAGGAACAGCAGAAUGAACAAAACCAGCAGCAGGAAGCACAAGGACAUCAGCCAAACCAAACAAUUAUUGGCUUUAUGUCAGCUAACAAGGUGGAUGCAGCUCUGUGGGGGACUCGUAUGUUCACAGUGAUUUCUACCAUACUCUUCAUUAUUCCUAUCUUUGGUGGCAAUUCCUACAGUUUCUACCAGAGGGCUCUGAUCAGCAAUGCUGCAACUAGCGCCCUUCGUCUUCAUCAACGGGUUCCACAUUUCCAACUAAAUCGGGAAUUUUUCUCAAUGUUAUUCAUGGAAGACAGCGCCCACUAUCUGUUCUUCUCAUUGAUAUUCAUCACCAGCUAUCCCAUGACUAUGGCCCUAGUUCCUGUGUUCCUGUUUGGACUCCUCCAUUCUGUCUCAUAUACAAAGAAACUUCUAGAUAUAAUGGGUCCAAACUCCCAACAGCUGCUGCGCAACUUGAUAGCAAAGCUACAGCUGCAGCAGGCGAACAUACUUCGAUUUAUAGCGUGCAAUGAGAUAUUCUUAAUGCCAGCAACAGUUAUUAUGAUAUUCUCUGGUUCUGGUAGUCUACUGAUGCCAUUCCUAUACUACAGGUUCCUAUCUCUUAGAUAUGCCUCAAGGAGGAAUCCAUAUAGCAGGGCAUUAUUUUAUGAACUAAGAGUCACAGCAGAACAUUUUUCAAACAUGCCACAAUGUCCAGCAUUUUUGAGGAACUUAGUUUUCAAAGCUAUAGGUUAUAUCAACAGACUUGCUCCUGCUACCACACCUGCACAAUAGAGGGCAGCCAUUCAAUUCAUUGCUGUACACUGACAUCUUUAUGAAGUGGAGAAAGUUAUACCAACUUAAAAAGUUUAAAUUAUGAUUAUAAGUGAACUGAUCAAACAUUGUGAAUUUUAAAUACACUACCAUACUUUACAUACUAGUACAUCAAAACAAUGUUGAUAUGUUCUGAGGCCUCAAUUUUAUAGCAUUGAUAAAUCAAGUUCUUCAAUUGUACCAUAUUCACCCCAUAAGAUCUAUUUACUCAUAAAUAACAUAUGAAGUGUAUUGUAGUGAAUAUGGUUCAGAUGUAUACUGGGAUGGAAGAUCCUCAAGUUAUAACACGAAAUGGCCAACCUUUGGCUAUGGGGAAUUAAUACAAGAAAUAUUUGAAAGUUUUU